AUGGACAAGCUCCAUGGUGCGUCCAAUUUUGUGAACUUUGCGGCCUACUCUUGGAACAUCUUCCGCUAUAUAGGUGACUACCUUCAUUUGGGUGGGAUAUUGACACUUCUGGUUACCAUUGUGAAGAAUAAGUCAGUGGCAGGGAUUUCAAGGACAACGCAAAUCUUGUACUGCAUUGUCUUCUGCACCCGGUAUCUGGACCUUUUCGAUCACACGCAAUCCUUCUAUCUCGUGUUUUUCAAGCUAACGUAUAUCGUCACAUCCAUCAUUGUCUUAGUUUGCUUCUACCAGUUCGAUAGCACCUACGCACGCAGGCAUGACACGUGCAAUAUGACGAUAAUCCUGGUUCCUUGCACGGUCGCCGCGCUGCUUCUCACCAGCGACUAUUCCCUCCUAGAGGUCUUGUGGACGUUUUCGGAGUUCAUUGAGGGCUUUGCAAUGGUCCCGCAGUAUAUCUUCUGCUAUCGGGAGCGGGUGAAUAAAGAUGUGGGCACCAGCCUGUAUGUGGUGAUGCUCGGGGGAUACCGUGUCUUCUAUGCGCUGAAUUGGAUUUACAAGAAGAUCAACAUGCCUCGCUACUCCGACAUCCAGUCUUGGAUUGGUGGCCUUGUCGAGAUCAUGUUUUUCCUCGAUUUCUUGAACUACAGGUUCACUGGAAAUAGCAUCCUCCGGUCCUUCGUGCUGAAAGUUGAUACAAAAAUCAACGAAAUCAGCGACCAGGUGGAAUCGAAAGUGCUGGGUUCAACCUCGCGAUCAGAGCGUGCUGACACUGAAGGAGGCGAGAUGAGGAGGCGGCGCAAGCAAGACGAAGAUCGUCCGAUGGAGGAUGUUUGA